AUGGCGCAUCCACCUCCUGACAAGUGUCCUGCCAACCCUGCUUCGGCGGCGACGUGUCCAGUCGCCCAUGACGCUCCGGUUGCUCCGACCCCAGCGGCCGCCACGGGUCGGGGUGACCCCCCAGAGUGGGUGGACGAUGGCACUCGCACCGCGAUCCCACAACCGCCUGAGCGCCUGCUGGUCGGUAACCUACUCGAUAUCGAUCGACAGGAGGCGAUCCAGUCUCUGCGCCGCCUCGCCCACCUCUAUGGCCCAAUCUUUCAGCUGCGCCUGAUCAAGCUCGUCUGCUUCGCCUCUUCCCGCGUCAUCGUCAACCAGUUAUGCGAUGAAAACAAGUUUGAGAAGAUGCUGAGUUCUGCCCUUGUCCAAGUUCGGUCCUUUGCCGGCGACGGUCUGUUCACGGCGUACACGGGGGAGCACAACUGGGACCUUGCGCACCGUAUCCUUGUCCCAGCGUUUGGGCCCCUGGCUAUUAAGAAGAUGCAACCCAUGAUGAUGGAAAUCAUCUCGCAAAUGCUGCUCUUCUGGGAGCACCACGCCGGACAGCCGUUCGAGGCCGCCGACCAAUACACCCGCCUUACCUUUGACACGAUCGGCUGGUGUGCGUUCCGCUACCGCUUCAACUCGUACCACACCGAGAAGAUGCACCCGUUUAUCAACAUCAUGGUCGACCUUCUCCUCGAGUCUGGCAACCGCGGCCACCGCCCUGGUCUCAUCCAAGCCUUGAUGUUUAACAGCGAGCUCAAAUACCAAGAGAACAUCAAGGAGCUUCAUCGGCAGUGCGACGAGAUUGUGGCUGCUCGCAAGCGUGACCCGGAUCCGGACGCGCAUGACCUACUCAACAACAUGCUUCUCGACAAGGACCCCAAGACGGGAGAGAAGCUGUCGGACGAGAAUAUCCGCAACCAGAUGGUUACAUUCCUCAUCGCCGGCCACGAGACGACCUCUGGUUUGCUCAGUUUCGCGACCUACUAUCUCCUCAAGAACCCUCGUGUGCUCAUCAAGGCCCGUGAGGAGGCAGACAAGGUUCUCGCCGAGGCCGGCGGGAACCUCAACCACAUGAACUCAGCGAGUCUCGUUUACAUUGACGCUAUCUGCAAGGAGACUCUGCGCCUCCAGCCGACCGCCCCCGCGUUCACGGUCACGCCGAAGAGCAAGGAGGGUGAGAUCCUGCCUGGCGGCUACGAGAUCCCCCAUGGCCAGGGAGUCACUGUACUCCUCCACGAACUUCAGCGCGAUCCAGAAGCAUGGGGCGAGGACGUCAAUGACUUCCGUCCCGAGCGCUUCCUCGAGGCUCCCAUCCCCAAGAAUGCCUGGAAGCCAUUCGGCAACGGUGCACGUGGCUGCAUCGGUCGUGGCUUCGCCAUGCAGGAGGCUGUGCUCGCCAUCGCUCUCAUUGUCAACCGCUUUGACCUCGAGAUGGCCAACCCAAGCUAUGACCUGGGCAUCAAGCAAACUCUCACCAUCAAGCCCAAGGACUUCUUCAUUGUCGCUCGCCCACGCAAGGACCGUCACCAGAGCCUCCUCUCCGAGCUCAUUGCCGGCGGCACCGCCACCGCUGCUGGCGAGGACGAAUCCAAGAAGACGCCUGUUGCUGCCGGCACUGCCAAAGCGGGUGGCAGCAAGCUGUAUGUUCUCUUCGGGUCCAACUCGGGUUCGUGUGAAGGCCUUGCCCACGAUAUUGCUCGUGACGGCUCCCGCCGUGGAUUUGACGUUACCCUCGGUGACCUUGACACUGUUGCCGGCACAGGCAAGCUGCCGACCGACGGCCCUGUUGUCAUCUGUACAGCAAGCUACGAGGGUCUGCCGACCGACAACGCACGCAUGUUCUAUGCUUCGCUCCGUGCCGACAGCAAGGACACCAUGAAGGGUGUCAAGUUCUCCGUCAUGGGAGCCGGUCACCACGAUUGGGCCACCACGUUCCACAAGGUCCCGACGUACAUCGAUGAGCGACUUGAGGAGCUCGGCGGCGAGCGCCUCCUGCCACUCCACAAGGCGGAUGCCGGAGGCGACAUCGUCGGAGACUUUGAGGAGUACCAGACCGAUCUCUGGGCCAAGCUCGGCGGUGACUCGAGUGGUGCUUCGGCCACUGCGACGGCAGCAGCGGUCCCCGCUGCCGACACUGGUGCCGGUGGCAAGCCCAGUCUCCCCGUCCGCAUUGUGCCCCGCUCGGCCAACGCCGCUGCCCAGCGUGUAGCGGCUGGUAUUGACAGUGUCGGCACUGUCUCGUCACAGGAUGUCCUUGUCAACGUCAGUGCCGAUCACCCGCAGAUGAACAGUAUCACCAUCAAGCUCCCCGAGGACCAGACGUACCACGCUGGUGACUACCUCGCUGUUCUCCCCAAGAACCCAGUUCAGGCAGUCGAACGUGUUGUCAAGCACUUUGGUAUCCAAAAGGACGACAACAUUGUCCUCUCCCUCCCCGGAUCGUUCCUGCCGAACGAUACGCCCAUCAAUGUCUCGGACCUGCUCAGCGAGUACGUUGAGCUCGGCCAGCCAGCUUCCAAGACACUCCUUCCCAAGUUGGCGAACAUGUGCACCGACUUGAAGGAGCGUGAGGCAAUCAAGGCUCUCGAGGACGACUAUGUUGAAAAAGUCACAAAGGCGCGUCUCUCCCUCGUCGACAUUCUGGAGAAGUACAAGUCGUGCGCGGCGCCACUGGACUUCUUCCUCGCCAACCUCCCAAAGAUGAAAAUCAGGCAGUACUCCAUCUCUUCUACUCCCCUCGACAGCUACGACACGGUCAGUCUCACGUUUACGGUCCACACGGUCCCCAGUGCCGACGGCAAGACCUACUACCCCGCCGGCGUGGCCAGCAACUACAUUGCCUUCCUCAAACCCGGCGACAAACUUUUAUGCGCCGUCAAGGCCAGUGCCGAAUUCCACCUGCCGACCGACCUCGCCACGCCCGUGGUCAUGUUCACGGCGGGAUCGGGCAUUGCCCCCUUCCGCGGUUUUGUCAUGGAGCGUGCGCUGCAGAAGGAGGCCGGGCGCAAGAUUGGCCCCAUGGUCCUGUACUACGGCUGCCGCACCGAAGACGACAUGGUCUACCGCGCCGAACUGUGCAAGUGGGUCAAGGACGGCGUGCUCGACCUGCGGCCCGUCUUCUCGCGCUCCACGGCCCAACCAACCAGCUUUGCCGGCACAAACACGACCAUUGUUCCUGGAGCGAAAUAUGUCCAGCACCGCGUGUGGGAGGAACGCAAGCAAGUGGAGGACCUGUUCCACGCCGGCGCCCAGUUUUACACGUGCGGCUCUGGCGCCAAGCUCGGUGCCGACCUCCGCAAGACUCUGGUCGACAUCAUUGGCCAGACGAAGAAGUGCCAGGAGGCUGGAAAUGACCCGCAAAAGGUGUACGAGAAACUUGCGCAGAACAGGUACAAGACGGACGUGUUCCUGUGA